AGUUCAAUGUCUUACAAGUCUCGAGAGGAAGAUCCAUCUCUUACAGAAGAUGAGAUCUCAGCCAUGUACUCAUCAGUGAGUAAGCCGGGACAGGCCCUCAAGGCACUGGAUUCUCCUUACACCUGUAUUCAAGAAAUUGCAUCUCAGAGGUCCCCGUCCAUUUGCAGUGGCCUCUAUGCAAGUGUGAAGGACUUUGAGAACACCCUAAAUACUACCACUGUGCCUCAGUCAGCGGACAGACCAAACGGAGAGCUGGAGCCUGACUAUGAAGCGAUCCAGUCAGUGAGCCAAGAAGAAGACAGGACCUUGUCUGUGCCUAACACAAACCACUCUGCUCUUUCAGGAGAGAAUGACUAUGAGAGCAUAGGGGACUUGCAGCACCACAGGGAUUUCACCAGGCUUUAACUGCUCCAGCAGGCAGAUUUCUCUGCUGGUAUUUUCAAAGGAACAUGUGAAACAUGGAGAGGG